AUGUCUUCUUCUAACAAUCUCCCCUCCAUUGCUCCAGUAGCAAACCCUACGGUACCGUUCUGGAGAAAGGAGCCGCAUGAGCUAGAUAACCUUCGUACCACCUCCGAGCUACCAGAACAAAGUGAUAUCGUCAUAAUUGGUGGCGGCUAUGCCGGAGUGAGCAUUGCGUAUCAUCUGGUAACCUCUCAGCAAUCAGGAAGUCAGCCUCCGCCUUCUAUCACACUUCUCGAGGCACGACAGAUAUGCUCUGGAGCAACCGGGCGAAAUGGUGGACAUCUGCGGCCCGAUGUCUACGAGACUAUUGCAUUGUGCCUUGAAAGACAUGGGAUCGAGGCUGCAACUGAGCUUGCGAGAUUUGAGGUCUCCCACAUCCCCGCAGUGAAAGCGGCCAUCGCUAAAGAGAAUAUCGAUUGCGAUUUCAAUCUGACCCGUUGCAUGAACGUGUAUCUCAAUGAAGAGCAUGCUGAGAAGGCAAGACAGGCGUACGAGGUCCUGCGAGACCAGGGUGUGUCGUACGUCGAUGACAUCCAUUACACAUCGCAGAAAAAUGCAGAAGGGGUCUCUGGAGUUCAAGACGCAAAGGCAUGUCUCUCCUAUACAGCAGGCAACUUAUGGGCCUACAAACUCGUGAUGGGACUCCUUUUGCGGGUGGUCAAGUCGAGCUCUGUCAAUGUGCAAACCACGACGCCGGUGACAUCUGUGACAUCCGAUGGACCCCUUCAUCUUGUCCAAACUCCUCGAGGCACAAUUCGUGCAUCUAAAGUGGUUUAUGCAACCAAUGCAUACACCGCGGGGCUCCUGCCCGAAUAUUCCAAAAAUAUCGUUCCCUGCAAGGGAAUUUGUUGCCACAUCACGACGCCAGAGAACAAAACACCCCCUUUCCUGCCCUAUACCUAUGUUGUGUGGAAUAAGGAAGGAAAUGGUGAUAGCUAUCUGAUCUCACGACCAGAUGGGAGCAUUAUUGUCGGUGGGGCGCAGUACAGCUUUGCGCAGCAGAAGGAAAUCUGGCACAACAAUGUGGACGAUAGUACUCUGAUUGAGCCGGCAAAACACUACUACGACACCUACAUGCAGCGCACAUUCCGAGGGUGGGAGGACAGCGAGGCAAAAGUUCAAGAGAUCUGGACUGGAAUCAUGGGCUACUCCUACGAUACUCACCCGCAGAUUGGUGAGGUUCCAGGCAAGCCCGGCCGAUUCAUUUGCGCGGGAUUCAAUGGACAUGGUAUGCCAGUGGUCUUUCUCUCCGGCAAAGGGAUUGCGGAGAUGGUCAGAGACGGCAAGAAGUUCGAGGAGGUUGGGCUACCGCGGAUCUAUAAGACGACACCGGCAAGACUGGAGGCUGCUCAGACGGGACCGGAGGGAGGGGAUACAUUUGACUUAUAG